GGGGGACUCGCGGGGAGCAGGGCCGGGGGGUUCGGAGGGCUCGAUGCUGCCGUGGCGCUGUUCACCCCGGGACGUGCGAUGAGUUGUGCAGAGAACGCCCGGGGGAGGGACGGGGCUGCGUGUGCGACUGUGAGUGUGUGUGUGUGUGUGUGUGUGAGAGAGAGACAUUUAUAGAUCACGUGUGAAACUUGAUCUCCCCGCAGUGGACCCAGAGGAAAGAAAAAAGAUAGAAGUAUUGUUUUUAAACAGAUUUUUUCCUUUGUUUUUCUUUUUUUUUUUUUUUUUUUCCUCCCCUCUCCCCCUGCGAGGGCUGGCGAUAAAAGGCCGGGGCGGCCAGCGCCGGCUCAGAGGGAGGAAAUGCCGAAAUCGCCGCGGUCGGACGCGGCGGCGAGCGCCCACUGACCCAUCUCUGCACGGAGCGAGCUGCCGGCGCAUCUCCGGUCGUGGCACCCCGGCCUCGGGGGGACCCCCGUGAGCGCCAUGCGGGCGCUCAGCCUCGGCCUCGUGGCCCUGACCUGUGCCACGACGGCUCUGUGCGCUGCCGGAGCUCAGCGCCGGGCUCUGGAGGGCGGCGGCCGCCGGCGCUACCACCGCGUGCAGCACGGCCACUGCAGCUACACCUUCGUGCUGCCCGAGGCCGAGCCCCUGCCCUGCCCGGCCGCCCCCGGCCCUGCCCCCGGCCCGGCCAACGUGCUGCUCCAGCGGGACUCGCCGGCCGGCACCGCCGGGCACGGGGCUGCCCAGCGCCUGCGGCACCUGGAGAGGAUCCUGGAGAACAGCACCCAGUGGCUGCUGAAGCUGGAGAGCUACAUCCAGAGCAGCGUGAAGCCGGAGGUGGCGGAGCUGCAGCAGACGGCGGUGCAGAACCAGACCGCAGCCAUGCUGGAGAUGGGCAGCUCCCUCCUGAACCGCAGCGCCGAGCAGAGCCGCAAGCUGACCGACGUGGAGGCCCAGGUGCUGAAUCAGACGUGGCGCAUCGAGAUGCAGCUCCAGGAGAAUUUCCUGUCCACCACCAAGCUGGAGAAGCAGCUGCUGCUGCAGACCAAUGAGAUCCACAAGCUGCAGAACCGAAACAACAUCCUGGAGGUGCGGGUGCUGGAGAUGGAAACGAAGCAGCAGGCGGAGCUGGCGGGGGCCCACUCAGAGAAGGAGAAGCUGCAGCGGCUGCUGAGCCGGCAGAGCGGCACCAUCGAGGAAAUGGAAAAGACGCUGCUGGCUGCCAGUGCCAACACCAGCCAGCUCCAGCGCCAGCAGCUCCAGCUCCUCCAGUCUGUCCAGAGCCUGGUGCGCCUCGUCUCCCAGGGCAGAGCCAUGUCACCUGGGCAGGAGCAGCAGUUCCAGGACUGUGCUGAGGUGCGCCGGGCAGGCAUCCAUGCCAGUGGCAUCUACACCCUGCACAUUGCCAACCUCAGCGAGCCCAAAAAGGCAUACUGUGACAUGGAGACGGAUCGGGGGGGCUGGACCAUCAUCCAGCUUCGUGCCAACGGCAGCCUCAGCUUCCAGAGGAGCUGGAGGGAGUACAAGCAGGGCUUUGGGGACGCGUCAGGAGAGUACUGGCUGGGGAAUGAGGCCGUGCACCUGCUGACGAGCCGGGUGCCCUACGCCCUGAGGGUGGAGCUGCAGGACUGGGAGGGCGGCCAGGUGUAUGCCCACUACGGGAAAUUCCAGCUGGGGAGCGAGCGGCAGUUUUACAGAAGUCUGCAGUGUCACCACGGCCAUGCUGGAGGAACCGUGGGCAGGGGUGAAGGAGCUGGAGCUGGAGCUGCAGGAGCUGCAGGAGUGGGACAAAGCCAGACCUGCCAAAGUGGGCUCCAGCAUAUGGAAACCCCCUGAUCUAACCUCAGCUUCUCUCCCCGAAUUUCUGCUGGGCCUCAGGGUUUUGUCUUGGGGACAGGGCUCCAAGACCCACCCCCCCACCCACCCAGUGAUGGGGCUCUGAGAACCCCUGGGACCAUGUGCAUUCAGAGGGACCCCAGAUAUGAUGGGGGCUUUGCCUUCUCACUGGUUUUGAAUAUUGUAAAUCCCCCACCAUCCCACUUUACUGCAGGAUUAGAGGAGCUGGAUGGGACAGGAAUCCUGAUAAGCAUGGGGGCUGGUGGUUCCUCCCUCCCCUUUCAUCCAGAGACAGCCAUGGCCACAGGCUGUCCCCUUCCAAGCACGUCCCAAGCCACUGUCCCCAUGUAUGGCAGGACAGGCACUGCUCCUCAUGGGAUGGAGCUGGGUUUUUCCAGCUCUCAGAGAGGACAGGAAGAGCAAGGGGUGUCCUUCGGGGCCUUCAUGGGGACCUUGGAUGGCCAGUGGCCCAGUCCUGGAAGGCCCUUGCUGGGAACAGACACUGCUGGGGCAGGAGCUGGCAGAGCCCCAGGACUGGCAGGAAGGGGCUGGGGGGUCGUGGGUGGGGAGGGGGCUGUGGGUUAAAGGGGUGGGAGGCGGGAGGUGGUGGGUGCUGGCACCGACACCGGCUGUGCACACAGCAGUGGGGGGGCUCCUGCUGCCUGCCCUCAUCACUGUCCCGAGGCACCCGCUAAUUAACGCUGAUUAAAGCACGUGACGUUGUUGGCGCUUCCAGAA